AUGUCAGGCGACGACGCAGAAUUGACCAAGUCGCUCAAUCAUCUCGACGUGAAGGACGCCCAGGACACCGACGCUUCGCGUACUCAUGACGAUGGCGAUCAUCGAGCACUGUCUUUUUCGUCUACACCCGGCUCGGUCGCGGCGGGUUCUGCGGGUGCGGAUAGGCUCACGGAGGUCACUCGGGACGUUGUAUCGUCUCCCCCCACCGAUCGAACCCCUGAUACUCUUCCCUCGUCCAUUCAUCCCGAUUUCUCCGUCCAGACGAACGACGACUUUCUGCUAGUCACCGACGACGACGUUGGCUUCUAUGUCAACAAAGAAUUCCUCCUAGAGCACUCUGAAUUCUUCCGCGACUUUGAAGACAUGGAUUCAGAUAUCAGACAAGACGAGGAUGCUUGGAAAGGUCGUACGCAAGCCGUGCGAAGAGAUAUGCCUGGGGCGCUGUCAAACGGCUUGCGGGUGGUGUUGCUCAAGGUGAAAGAGACAAAAUCCUGGCCUGACGCCUAUGAUAGGAAGCGAAGA